AAUUUGCUUAAAAAAUGACCAAAGACCACUUACCUUCUUUAUUCAUCUAUCAUUUUCCUCUGUACUCUGAUAAUAAUCUCUCUCUCUAAUUACCUCUAUUGCUUUGUAGAGAGAGAAAUAAAAAAUGUGUCCCCUCAGAAUCAUUCUCAUCUUCCUCUCUGCAAGUCUCGCCGGAUUCUUCGUUCUCCGGAACCUUAAUUCUCAACCUAUUGUUGACCCCAACGGCGACGAUAGUCGUGUCGAUUCACCUAAAGACUCAAAUUCGCUUCCUCUCUCCUCCCAGGUGUGCGGCGCCAUUGGGAAAGGAUUUUGGACCUGUGUUGAUAUGGCUAGUGGAAAAUAUCUGUGGAGGCAUUUGGUUUCUUCUCCUUCGAAGCGCACCGAUUGAUUGAUCGAAGGUUAAACAGGUUAUUGCAAUUGCUAUGUAAUCAAGCUUAGCUUCAAUUUAAUACUAGAGUUUAGCUUGGUUGGAAAAACUGUGGUCGUGAUGUUGUAAUCUGUAAAAUGGUCCUGUAAGAUGUACAUUAUAAGAUUCGUCUUCUGUUUCAUUUAGUUCUUUCUUUACCACGUUGUCGAAGUAAUUUGCUUUGGAGCUGUAAUAUAAUCCGAGGUUGUGGGAAUACGAAUGGAACUCUUCACUACGUUUCUUAUCGAUGAUGAUUUUAAUGUGUUUGCGAUGA